AUGGCAGUGAAUAUGAUGAAAAAGUUUGAAAGAUAUUGGAAACUUACUAGUAAAACAUUUGCAAUAGCUUCCAUUUUAGAUCCUCGGUUUAAAAUGAAAUUAUUGGAUUACUAUUUCCCAUUAAUAUAUCCUGGUAACAGCGAGGAGAAGAAGUUAGAAGUUAUGGAAGUCUUGAAAAGAUUGUAUAAUGAAUAUGCAACACACUAUGCUUAUUCAGCUCAUGUAUACUCAGCAAACAUUUCGAAAAAUCAAGUGAACAUGGAAGAUUCAGUUGGUAGUAGUGGUAAUACUUCAUCUUCUCAAAGUUCUUUUACUUCUAGAAGGAAGGGUUUGACGGCAUUUCUGGAAGAAAGUUCACAACAUGACGUUGUUCGCACAUAUCUAGAGAAAUACCUAUCAGCUGAUGUUCACCCUAUUAGAAAAGGAAGUGUUAUUGAUCUGAAUGAUUCUAGUUUUGAUGUUUUGGGGUGGUGGAAAUUUCAUGGACCAAUGUAUCCAAUUGUAGCAGUGAUAGCUCGUGAUAUAUUAGCAAUUCAUGCGUCAUCGGUGGUAGAGUUGUAG